AUGUUGUUCAAGACGAUCUUCACCGUUUUGCUCGCUUCCCUUGCACAAGCCUCGCCCGUGCCCACCGAGCACAACGAGAUCGGUGGUGUACUCAUCUGCACCGACCCCAAUGGCCAAGGCCACUGCGAGUAUAACGUCUACGAGCUCGAGAAGUGCUACAACCUGCCGCCGACCCUGAUCCACAACGCCGCCACCUUUGCACCAGACGAUGCGCCUUUCUACUGCUACCCCUACCUCACGGAAUGCGGCGGCAUCUGCAUGUCGCCGACGGGGUGCACCUUUGGCGCCGUGUCGUACGACUACGAGAACAAGUUCAACCUCACUAGAAUUGGGUGGAACCAGUACAUCGAGUCGUUUGAGUGCCAUCUCAACAGGACCGAGGAUGAGAGUUCGUGA